AUGCGCAUAGCGCCCGAGUCUCCUAGUGGGGUGGUCAUCCGACAGGGUCGACCCAAUGCGCCAGCGACACUCCCCUUCCUCACGCUGGGUCCCGACCGGCGCCUCUCUUUGCAUCCCCGGCCUCCUGCCGACCUGCUAGACGUGGCAGCCGCAGCAGCGUCACAGGGGGGUGGAGGGAAAAGGGAUGUGGGGAAAGCGGACGCGGGGAAAGGGGACGCGGACGCGGGGAAUGGGGACGCGGGGAAGGGGGGCGCAGGGAAGGAAGACGUGGGGAAGGGGGACGCGUGGGAGGGGGACGCGGGGAAGGGGGAAGGGAUGGUGCUGACAGCGGACAGGGCGUGUGGUGAGGGGGAGUGGGUACACGUGGCAUGUGAGGUGCACCCGCAUCCGCAUGCAGCUCGCCUGUACAUCAACCGUGCACAGGCAGCACAGCACACGGCUUCCUCCGCCCCUCUCCACGCCUCUGCACCUGCUGCAGAGACGGCCCCCCUGCUUCUUACAGGCGGUGAUGGUCCAACAGGGGCCGGGGCAGUGGGGGGAGGAGGGGGAGGAGGAGGGGUGCACGCGCUCGUGCACCAUGUGAAGCUGCUGCACACUGCAGAUGUCGCCACUCAUUAUGCUGAGGUGGGCUGGGAGAGAGGGACGGGUAGAGUUGGGGGGGGGGUUGAAGGGGAGGACUGGAGAAGGACAGCUGGGAGGGAAGAGAGAAUGGAAGCAAAGAGGGGUGGGUGA